GUGUGCGCGCGGCUUGCUUGCCGCUGGCCACGUGGUGCUCGCCGUGCUGCUGUGCCUCGCCGGCGCGGCGGCCCGCGCCGCCGGGGCGGGCGCAGCAGCUGCGAGGCUGGCGCCGCCGCUGUCGCUGCUGCAGAGGCGCUCGGCGCUCGGGCAGCAGGCUGCCGCUCCAGCGCGGCCGCACCACGGCGCUGCCGCAGCUGCGCCGGAGCCCGCCGCCGCUUCGGCGCCCGCCGCCGCCAGAGCCGCCGCCGCGGGCGAGGAGGCCGCCGGCGGUGCGCAGCCAGGACCGGCCAGGUACCUCG